UGUGGUUCCGAUGGCAACUUUGUUGUCACAGACACAAAUAGCAACAUCCUUUUCAAAGUUAAAGGCGUCCUCUUAACCUUCAUUCACCAGCGCCGAGUCUUGCUUGAUGGCGCGGGCAAUCCCAUUGCUACUCUUAGACAAAAGGUAAUGACGGCCCAUUAUAGAUGGCAAGUUUUUAAGGGAGAAAGCACAGAGGCAGAGGAUUUGCUUUUCAGUGCUAAGACAUCUUCUAUACUGCAACUCAAGACUAAAUUAGACGUGUUUUUGGGAAGUAAUACAAAAGAGGAGGUUUGCGAUUUUAAGGUGAAAGGCAGCUGGCUUGAUCGAUCUUGUGUCAUUUAUGCCGGUGAUUCAGACACUAUAAUUGCUCAGAUGCAUAAGAAGCAUACAGCUGAAAGCGUCUUGAUUGGGAAGGAGAAGGACAACUUUAUGGUGACAGUUUAUCCGAACAUUGAUUACGCAUUCAUUGUUGCGCUAAUUGUGAUUCUUGAUGAGAUUAAUCACGCCGGUCAAAAUCAAAAUUAAAAGCCAUGGAGGCAGGAGAUCCAGAAUUGAUA